AAAAACGACAGCACUGUUCCCUAGUCCACUCAAGAGAUCAACAAUACACGUUGACUUGAUCAAUAAAACACGCUCACAUAAGUUAAGGCUCGAGUUGGUGCGUUCAUCACACCGCCUCGGCGUCAGCUCCGCUCCUUCCUCUUAACUACUAGAUAAUUUGAAGCAGUACUGCGAAACCUCAAUAAAAUGUCGCACUUAACAAGAACACAGAGUGCACGAGGCAUCAGAAUGCUGUCGGCUUUAAUUUUGGUUCACUUUUCCGAUUUAGCCACAUGGGUCACGCUCUGUCACUUACUCGCUACUGGGGCCACUUCUACAUCCCCAACCCUGGCUUCUACGACCUUCUUUGCAGAAGCGCGCCUCACAAGGAAAAUUCAACGGAAAGUAAAGAGCGACGCUGCUGCCCAUCUAGCAGCUUCUGGUGUACUAGAAGAACAGCACCACAUUCACAACGGCAACGGCGCACCAACCGGCGCCAGCAGCAGCAGCGCUUCGGGUUCAUCAGCCGAUGUUCCUGCAGAAGUAGAAAUUGUUUCCACGACGAACUUACUAAAGCGAAAAGGGCCAGACAACUUCUCUGCAGAAGCGGAGGAGUUGAGAGAGCACCAGAUUCUGCAGUUGCAGUCCCAGCUUCAGGAUAUUGAGGAAGAUGUGAAAACCAAGGCCGCCAUUGUGGAAAAAUUGUUGCUGGGAGACGAAACAAGUGCAGCUGUAGAGACAUUGCAGCAAGAGCUACACCGGCUAGAGCAGCACCAGCAAGAGCUCUUACCGCAACUAGUGAACUUGCAAGACGAGCAACAAGCGGAAGCUUUAAAAAAGCAAAAACGCAAGGAACUGGAAGAAAUCGAGCGAGCUGAAACCAUCAAACUGCAGCAGCAAUUCGAAUUUCUGCACGCAAGUGGUGUUUUCAACGAGUAUCAAAUCGUCGAAGCGGGGGGCGACGGGAAUUGUGGGCUGCACAGUGUCCAAUACGCUUGCAGGCAAAACCCGUUCUGUGUGGCAGGCGUGUUGUACAAAUAUGGAGCAGAUGAGGGGCAGCAGCUGUUGAAUGACGUGCAAGUCCUCCGGACGAAAAUGAUGGAGCGCAUUCGGGACCCGAAUUUCGCACAUAAAGAGCUUUUAUCCUGUGCAAAAGUAUCGCACUCGUACUAAUUGCAGACAUGCAUUACAAAUCUUGUUCUUUAGGUAAAUCCGCAUUACAAAUUUUAUUUCUCAUCAUGCUGAGGAAAUUUGUCUUACAAAUUUCCUCAGCAUGAUGAGAAAUGAAAUCCUUAUCCGCAUGAUGAGAAAUGCAUGAUGAGAAAUGCAUGAAAUGCAUUUAUACGAGUGCGAUACUUGUUUCGCAGUUCAUAGCUUUCCCAGCGCGACGGGGGACUGCGGGUUGGGACCUGGGCCAAACUUCGGUUGGAGGACUUCAAUUCUGAUAAAGGUGGAGAAUGGAAGGACUUCGUGAAAAAGCAGGUUGCGAAAAAGCGGAAGAGCAUGACAGAGUCCACUGCAGAAGCGGCCUCAGCGGAGCAUCAGGGGGAGCGCAGCCAGGAGCAAAUCACAGCUGAGCUUGAAAAUCAGAUGGGAGGCCACGAGGUCACGUGGGACGAAUUUUUGGAGUAUAUGUCGCAGUCCGGCUCGCAAGUCACGGCCGAGGAAAUCGGACCUCUUGCGCACGUAUUGCAAGUAAACAUCCGGGUUCUCGUCCGGAACCGGCAGACCUGUUCCGACGAGAAGCUGAAACAGCAAAGCCUCCACAUCUUCCGCGACCGCGGCGAUUUGAUGACGGGUCUGGUGCCCGAGGUGUUUGAGAGGUACGGAAGCGGGCGGGGCUUGCAGGAGCUGCGGAGUUUGCAAAAGCCAAUCCUUCAGUUGCACGGCGGGGUGCCGACCAUUGUGAUCAUCAACGUUGGUGGGCAUUACACGGCCGCGCUUCCCGUCGUGAAGGCGGAAGACAUGGCCGCUCAUGUCGCGCCUUCUGUUCGAAGAUAGAAUUGGCGGCUGGAUCUGUAGAUGAUAUAGACCGCAGUUUUUGAAGAUUUUUGGAGGACUGGAAGAAAAGGCUUCGUCAUUUUCAUCGUGUUUUGUUUAUGAUUAUGUACAGCUCGAACAAUGAAAAAUGACAUCCACGUCUCGUUUCUCAUGUCAUGUACAGUCCAGUGUUGUUGUUUUGUAGCAUAAUUUUGCCUCAUAGGAUUAGGAAAAGACUUUAUUUACAAGCAUCACGCCGAGCAUCGGCAUAUAACAUAAUGAACACAUUUUCAAGUGGUUUCCACCAGUGUAGAAUUUUCA